AUGUCUAACACGCCCAGCUCCAUCACGCCGAGCUCCUCCGGCGAGUUCAGGCCGGACCUGAACCCAUUCUUCGCGAUACGCCAUCCUUCCCCUGAGCAAGCAACGUCGGUCCCCUCCAACCAAUGGGCCGUCAGCCCCCAAGAUCAAGCCAGCAACGAUGGCAAGCAGCCGCCGAUCAAAUAUGUCUUCACAAGCGCGAUGGCGAACGAUGCGGCUCGGGCGGUGGAUAGCAGGCAGUUCGACAGUGUCGUCUCCUGGCACCAGGCCGCGAAACCGGAUGGGGCCAUGACCAUGCGACCACCCUAUCCUCCCCCAAAGCAGAAACCGGCCAGCCGGAAACGGAAUGCGCAGCCCAACUCGGUAGAGCCUUCUUCAUCUUCCCAACCGAAGCAGCCGAAGCCCAGCAGCUUCCCCAUGCACAACGCUAGCGACGAAUUCCUUUUCAAGACGCCCAUCCCACAGCACGAUAAUCCGGCGAUCAAAGAAAUUUACAACGACCUGUGCGCGGGCAGCGCUCUGGAUGAGAAGCUGGACGACAACCCGCUAAGAAAAAUGGAACGAAUGACGAAUAUUCCGCUUUUCGACAAUGGCAUGAAUACUGUGGUCAGCUCGGCGGGGAGUAUGGAUAAAACCAGAGACGCCGAAAAAGAGCGAAACGCAAAGAUGCAGACAUUGGAGGAGAUCGAGAAAAGCUUCACCAAUCCGAUGUUGGCCCCGCUGUCCCGGCCGAACCCCGAACCGCAACUGAUGGCGCCGAGCGCCGGAAAGGAGGAAUGGGAGAAGCUGAUGGGAGCCGGGAGCAGCAACGGUGCCCCUUCUACCAGCGAAUCUCAAACAUCCGUGCCCCCAGCGCCCGCCCCCGAAAAAUCACCAAUGUACCCGCCGCCGAAUACGAAUGGCAUGAUGCCGACUGGUCCUCAAUCUGCCGGCGUCUACCCGUCCCCUUACCCCCAGUAUUCCAUGCCAUCGGGCCCGAACAGCGCCGGAACUUACCCACCACCAAUGCCGAACGGAAAAGCGAAUGGCGCACCUCAUCCCGCCGCUGCUCAUGGGAUGCCACAGCGAAUGAUGCAACCCCAAAUGAACUACCCUGGCGGCUAUCCCCCGAUGUACCCAUGGCCUCCUAUGCCUAACGGAAUGCAGAUGGGCCCCCCGCCUCCCAACCACCCGGCCUAUCAACAGUGGGUGAUGCAGCAGCAGGCCAUGGCCUACCAACGACAACAAAUGAUGGCCGCCCAACAGCAGGCCAUGAAUAAAGCAGCGGCCAUGAACUCUCCGGGCCAAUACCCCAGCCCGAUGAUGCAAGGACCGCCGCCAACCAGCACCACCACCCCCACGUCGACCCCGUCAGCAACAAUGCCACCGAACGGGAUGCCCUAUCACCCGUCGAUGCAAAUGCGUGGCCCCUACGCGCCGCCGCCGUACUUUGGUGGGAUGCCAGGGAUGCCCGGGCCCGGGAUGUCGCCUGGCGCCAAUCCGGGUAUGCCCCCACACCCCGGCUAUGGGCCCUACCCUGGCAUGAUGCCGCCUGGCAUGAUGAUGCACCCGGGCGUUCCACCAAACAUGCGGCCGCCGAUGGACCCAAAUAUGCCGAUGGGCAUGAUGCCAAUGCCCGGCUACUUCCCGCCUCCCGGAACGAAACCGGCCGACAAGACGGCAUCACCGAAAGCGCUUCAGGAUGGCCAUCCCACGCUGCCGACGCCGUCG